AUGUGGAAGAAUUGGAUACAAGUUAUUCUUAAGCCUAAGAGUGCGCUCAUUGUAGUGGAUGUGCAGAACGACUUCAUCAGCGGUUCCUUAGCUAUCAAUGGGAGCUCUGCCGGACAUAAGGGGGAGGAAGUGGUUCCUGUUAUCAAUGAGUUGACCUCGAGCAUAGCCUUCGAGAAAGUGUUUUACUCGCAGGACUGGCACCCGGAGGACCACAUCUCCUUCUACGAUAACAAACAUAUCCGCAAAUUCCACACAACGGACAACAAGACGCCCGAAGACGUGCUCCUCUACGACACCGUUGUCUUCGAGGGACCGCCACAGACGCCGCAGAAGUUAUGGCCAACACAUUGUGUCCAACAGACGUGGGGUUCACAACUGCACCCUCACCUCAACGUCUCCGACCACAGUAUCCGUGUCUUUAAGGGAACUCAUCCUCAUAUCGACAGCUAUUCAGUCUUCUGGGAUAACCAGCGCUUAAACCAAACAAAUCUCAACCAACUCUUACAGAGUCUGGCCAUCACUGAUGUCUAUGUCUGCGGCCUAUGUCUCGAUGUGUGCGUCGGCUUCACAGCCCUCGACGCCUCCCAACUCGGCUACAGAACUGUUGUCAUCGACGACGCCUCCAGAGGUCUCGACCACAACCACAUCCGAGCCAUCAAAGACCAGUUCACUGACAAUCACGUGGUGGUCGUCACCGCAGACAGAGUCCAAGCGAUGGUCACCGGCGCUGACCGACGACCAGAACUCGCCUUCAAUCUGGCGCUCAGUCGCCGCUAA